CGAAACGGCGGGAAUAUGGUCUUCUUCGAGUGGUCGCCGCAUCGGAGGCGCAAGUGUAGGCGUGUUCGAGCGCGACGGGGGCUGUGGUUCCGCCAUGCUGGUUGUUGGUGUUGUUGGUGUUGUUGGUGUUGUUGCUGUUGUUGGCUUCUUCCAGGAUUGUUGACCGCGGGAGCUCUCUCUCUGAUGAUGCAGGGCGAUCUGCACGGGCCCCUUCCUCGGGUCCACUAACCCCGCCUGAUUUUUUGUUGCCGUUGGGGUCCAAACUUUUGCGACUGCCCGACUCACAGCGAACUUCGCUACUGCUCCAUCGAAGCCUUCCUGGACGAUAGCGCCGGGCGUGGACUUUAGUACACGAAGCGACAGCUGCCGCGAAAAGCUGCCCACCAAGUCCCGAUCGCUUCGAUUGAAAGCCCACCAUGCCGAGAGUACCAAAGUCGCCCGGCCUGCAGAGCCAGCGACACAACCCUCUCGCUGAGGAGUACCUUCCGUCCGACGCCUACAAGAACAAGGCCAAGCGCACCAAGCGCAACAAGGCCGACCAGGAAGACGAGCAGCGCUAUGUAGACGCAAAGAGCUCGCGCAAGAUCUUGGACAUCGGACGAGAGCUCGAGGAAGAGGACGAGCGCGAGAGCCAGAGAGGCGCACCAAAACGCGCAAACCCAGCAUUCGAUUUCGAGCAGCGGCUAGGCGAGGACGACCUCGAGGAGCAUGUCACAGGCCAAUUCGACGACGACGACGACGAAGAGGCGUGGGGCGAGGACGAGGAAGAGGCCGAGGAAGUCGAGAUUGAUGCAGACGACCUGGCGGCGUGGAACAAGUUCAUUCCCACAGACGACAACCCCAUCCACUGGCCCGGGCAAGAGACGGCACCAUCAGGACCCGGCACAGAUUUGGCAGCUCUCAUUCUUGAGAAGAUUGCCGCACACGAGGGCGGCGCUGGCGAAGGUGACCAAGAAGCGCCAAGACAGAUCAUGGGUGGCGGCGCACCAGAGGAUGCCGUGGAGCUCCCAGCAAAGGUCGUUGAGGUAUACAGCAAAGUCGGCCUCAUCCUCUCCCGCUACAAAGCCGGCAAGCUUCCCAAGCCCUUCAAGAUCCUUCCCACAAUCCCCGCCUGGGAGACCCUCCUCGCCAUCACGCGACCCGAGAACUGGACGCCGAACUCUAUGUACGCGGCCACCCGAAUCUUCAUCUCCUCGAAACCCUACAACGCUCAAAUCUUCCUCAACACCGUUCUGCUGCCUGCCGUCCAGUCGCACAUCGCCGAGACACAGAAGCUGAAUGUACACUUGUACAACGCGCUGAAGAAGGCGUUGUACAAGCCCAGUGCGUUCUUCAAGGGCAUCGUCUUCCCCAUGCUUACCGAGAGCCGCUGCACACAGCGCGAAGCAACAAUCGUCGCAUCAGUCGUCGCAAAGGUCUCCGUCCCCGUUCUCCACUCUGCUGCUGCGCUGCACCGGCUGUGUGAGAUCGCAGCCGAGCAGAUGUCAAGCGACCCUGAUGCCGCCGGGCCGUGCAACAUCUUCAUCAAGACAUUGCUGGAGAAGAAGUAUGCGCUCCCCUUCAAGGUCAUCGAUGCUUUAGUGUUCCACUUCCUACGCUUCCGCGCCGUCGGCGCAAGCUCUGCGGAUGCAAUGGACACUGAGUCUGUAGCUGGCGACUUGGGUGGCACGGGAAAGCUACCGGUCAUCUGGCAUCAGUGUCUGCUUGCCUUCGCACAGAGGUACAGGAACGACAUCACAGAAGACCAGCGUGAGGCGCUGCUCGAUCUCCUCCUGACAAGAGGGCACAAGGGCAUCAGCCCAGAGGUUCGACGAGAGUUGCUCGAGGGUAGAGGGCGGGGUGUCGUUGCUGAGCCCGCAGCUGCGGUUGGCAUGGAUGGAGACGACACCAUGGUUAUGGGAUAAGUGUUCUACUCGAGAUGACGAGAUCAUGUGCAUUGGACGGCGUUUUAGAUGGAAAAGCAAUACCCUCGAAUUUAGUCCUGGUUCAUCGGACCUGCAAUCUUCCCGAUU